AUGGACAGAAAUUCGAUAGAGGAAUACAUCACAACAAAAUUGCACAUUCCAGAGAAGAAUUUUCAACUCCGUGCACCUAUUUAUUAUAAAUUAAAACAAGGAAUUCGUGAUCCAAAGGAACAAGAAAAUAAAAAUUCACUCAUUGGAUUUUUAAAUUCGGAUGAAGAAUCAACAGCUUCGGAACAACUUGCUAACGAUCUGAGUGUUGUGGAACCUGUACCAAAAUCACAAACUGGAGAAAUGUUUGAAGAGAAUGAAUUUAGAAAACCACUCACUGAUGACCAAAUGAAGAACUUUAGUACAUUCCGAUUAUUCUACAAGAUUUUCGGAACCAAAUGUUUCUCCUAUGCUUCUUUAAUUUCUGCAGGUAUUGCAAUUCCUGUGUCGAUAUUUGUAAAUUUACGUUUUAAAGGAUUGGGAAAGGAAAGAUGGGCUGCAACAAUAGAGAAGGGUGCUUGGUCAUUCUUCUUACCAUUAUUUGUUACUUAUCCAAUUUGUAGAUAUAACAAGACUAAGACUGAUGAUAAAUUGAGAGAAGCUAUUCGUGGUAGAAAUUAUUAA